UGCUCACGAUUCUCUAAAUUGACAAGAGUUUAAUAUGCAUCUCUAAUAACUAACCACAAACAAAAAUAAAAAGAGCUACAGCCUAAAAAGAAUUGUGUGUGAUUGAACAGCUUAGGGUACAUUAUUAGUUAGGCUGUAAAACACGUCAAGUGUGACGUUGUAUCCUCACGUGAGUGAUAUGUUUACUCUCUACGACGAACGUAAAGCACGAAUUCAAGUGUAAGUGUAAAUCGCAGUCAACACCUGAGGGCACGCCCAUUGUAUCAUCUCCGCCUCUUCAUUGGCUGCCUACUUAAAUAUUCACCGUGCUGUGCGCUGAUUGGCUCCGACCGCCGCUCGAGACAUUUCAUAAAGCAAAACCAUCAGAAGUUGAGUAAAAGGGACUGAAAAAGGUGGCGAUAGAAAAAAAAAAGACUCGCGUGUGACAACAGCGGAAUCUAAAGGAGAAUAAACCGAGGACAGCGACUCUUGCUGAAGGCUUUUUAUCGGAGUUCCCCCCACCCUCCUUUCCUUCCUCCGUCACAAUGUUGUGGUUCGUUCUAUUGCUACCUGCACUUUGCUCCACGCAGCGUUCGGAGCCAAUGUUCUCAGCCAUAACUAAGACCGUGCUUCCUCCCGACUACGACAACAACCCCACCCAACUCAACUACGGCGUGGCCGUCACCGAUGUGGAUGGGGACGGAGACCUGGAGGUGUUUGUUGCAGGUUACAACGGACCCAACCUGGUUCUGAAGUUCGACAAGCUGAGAAGGAGACUCGUCAACAUUGCCGUGGACAAUCGCAGUUCCCCGUUCUAUGCUCUGAGAGACCGCCAAGGCAACGCUAUCGGCGUAACAGCGUGUGACAUUGACGGAGAUGGCCGGGAGGAGAUUUACGUACUCAACACCAAUAACGCCUUUUCUGGACGUGCGACAUACACCGACAAACUGUUCAAGUUCCGAAACGGACGAUUUGAGGAUCUGCUGAAUGAUGACAUCAACGAACACAGGGACGUGGCUAAUCGUAUGGCUGGACGCUCAGUGGCCUGUGUGGACAGAAAGGGCACGGGUCGCUAUGCCAUCUACAUAGCCAAUUAUGCCAGUGGCACCGUGGGCCCACAUGCGCUUAUAGAAAUGGACGAGGCGGCGAGUGACCUUUCGCAAGGCGUCAUCGCCCUCUCGAAUGUGGCCGAGCAGGCGGGAGUCAACAAGUUCACUGGAGGCCGAGGUGUGGUCGUGGGGCCAAUCGUGAGCCAGAGCUACUCUGAUGUGUUUUGCGACAACGAGUACGGACCCAACUUCCUGUUCCGAAACAACGGAGAUGGAACUUUUACUGAUGUGGCGCAGCAGGCUGGGGUGGAGGACCCCAUGCAGCACGGCAGAGGCGUAGCCCUCGCAGACUUCAACCGUGACGGAAAGACGGACAUCGUUUACGGCAACUGGAAUGGUCCUCAUCGUCUUUACAUGCAACUUAACAACCGUAAGCAGAGGUUCAAGGACAUAGCCUCACAGAAGUUUUCGAUGCCAUCCCCAGUCCGCACCGUUAUUGCUGCCGACUUUGACAACGACAAUGAGCUGGAGGUGUUCUUCAACAACAUUGCUUACAGGGGGCCAUCAGCUAACAGACUGUUUAGGGUGAGCAGGAGAGAAAAUGCAGACCCCCAACUAGAGGAGCUGAAUGUGGGCGAAGCUUCCGAACCAGAGGGACGAGGAACUGGAGCUGUCGCCACAGACUUUGAUGGAGACGGUCGUCUAGAGCUGCUGGUGUCUCAUGGUGAAAGUGCAGCGCAACCGCUUUCUAUUUACAAAGUCAACCUUGGAACCACAAACUCAUGGCUGCGUGUGAUUCCCCGGACCAAGUUUGGUGCUUUUGCCAGAGGAGCUAAAGUGGUGGUGUACACCAAGAGGAGUGGACCGCAUACGCGUAUUAUCGAUGGAGGGUCGGGGUACCUCUGUGAAAUGGAACCGGUCGCACACUUCGGCCUCGGUAAGGAUGUGGCCACAAAUGUGGAAGUGUACUGGCCUGAUGGAGUCUCAGUUGCUCGACCCUUGGAACUGUCGGAGAUCAAUUCUGUGCUGGAGAUCCACUAUCCGAAAGAUGACGAUGAGGUCACCCCCACUGUGGAAAUAGAGUGCGGUCCUGGCUUUGCUCUGAAUGAAAAUGGACGCUGCAUUGAUAAAGAUGAAUGUACCCAGUUCCCCUCUGUGUGCCCCUCCGACCGCCCCGUUUGCACAAACAUCUACGGCAGCUUUAAAUGCCGCGCCAAGAGAAGAUGCACUCAAGGCUUUGAGCCCAACAAUGAUGGGUCGGCAUGUGUGGCCCAGGUGGCUUACUUUGGGAAGACGCGAUCCUCUGCGGAACGCACAUGGUCGGGCAUUUCUUUCUGGCUGUCACCCUUCGGCUUGCUUCCUCUCAUCUCGCACCAUCUCCAGAGUGGACUACUGUAGGAACCUCCUUUUUUCACAGAAACUCUUGAAGAAAACAUUCUUUCCUCCUCCUUCUCCUCCUCUUCAUCCUAAAACAAGCUCAAUGGAGCUGUGAUAUCGGUCGCGUUUUCCCACCAUGCAUCACUUUUGGGGCUCGACAGGAACUUGCAGGGAGCAUGCUAGAAUUAACCGCGUUAGAGCCGCGCAGCCCUUUUGUCGUCGCCUGGCAUUUAUCUCAGUGGGAUUUGAGCUGAGUCCAAUUCAAUAAGCGGUGGCUGCAGAGAGUAAAAACAACUGCAACGUAGCCUCUGGCUCCACCGGCCACAAUCAUUAGGGACACUUUGUGGCAGCCGUCUGUAAGUGCACAAUGCCGCUCUCAUUCUCCGUUAGGGCUUACCGGGAGGCUGAGGAACACCAGGUCUCCAAGCUACAGGUUGUGAGCGUGUGUAUGUGUGUUGUGUGUGCGCAAGGGAACAUAUGCCAGACCAUCUGUCAGCGGUGGUGGGUUACAUUUCGUUAACUAUUAAUAAUUCGACAGCCUGGCAAAGAUGAACACUUUCUUUUUGUGUAAUGGCAUGAGGUUUAAUUUUAUUUAUGGGAAUCCACAUGACCUCACUAAAAACAACUAAUCACGAAAUUAUAUUUGAUCCCAUUCACAUGAGCCUCACCGUGUU